CGCCCCCUCCCCUCCGUGUGUUUGUGUCAGGCUGAUCGCGGCGGCGGAGCUGCCCGGGGCGCCCGGCUCGGAGCGGGCGAGGGGGACGGACGCAGCCAGCCGCAGAGACAGCCCCGCUCCCCUCGGCUCAGCCCGGCUCGCGGCAUGGGCGGCCCGUAGAGGAGAGGGCUGGGCGGCUGGUGCGGUGCCUGUGCGGCGGCGGCGGCGGCCAUGGCGGUGGUGGAGACGCGGCCGGAGCUGGUGGGGAAGCGGUUCCUGUGUGUCGGGGGCGGCGAAGAGGAGCCGCCGGAGCGCGGGGAGAGCGGGCGCUGGCGAGCCGGGGUCAUCCGCGCCGUGUCCCACCGGGAUUCGCACAGCCCCGAGCUGGCGGUAUAUGUGGAAUUUGAUGACCUUGAAUGGGAAAAACGAGAGUGGGUUAAGGUUUAUGAAGAUUUUGCAGCCUUCUUGGUGGAGUACCAGCUGGUCUGGGCAAAAAGAAAGGACCCUAGCCAGACUCAGGGAUCAAAGAUCAAACAAAUUCAAUGGCCUGCAUUGACAUUCAAGCCCUUGGUUGGAAAAAGUGUGUACAGUUCAAUCACUGCAGUAGAAUUCCUUGUGGACAAACAACUGGAUUUUGUAACUGAAGAUAGUGCCUUUCAGCCCUAUCAGGACGACGUAGACAGUCUAAACCCAGUUCUCAGGGACAACCCGCAGCUUCACGAGGAAGUAAAAGUCUGGGUAAAGGAACAAAAGGUUCAGGAGAUUUUUAUGCAAGGUCCAUAUUCCUUAAACGGAUAUAGGGUGAGAGUAUACAGACAGGAUUCUGCCACCCAGUGGUUCACUGGUAUAAUUACUCAUCAUGAUCUUUUCACCCGCACUAUGAUUGUUAUGAAUGACCAGGUGUUAGAACCACAGAAUGUUGAUCCUUCUAUGGUUCAGAUGACCUUUCUAGAUGAUGUUGUUCACUCUUUGUUGAAAGGUGAAAAUAUUGGCAUCACAUCACGUCGCAGGUCUCGUUCCAACCAGAACAGCAACACAGCCCACGGGCAUUAUACACGUGCUCAAGCAAAUAGUCCCAGACCAGCCAUGAAUUCCCAAACUGCAGCACCAAAACAGAAUUCUCACCAGCACCAUCAACAACGGAAUGCUCGUCCAAAUAAAAGGAAAGGCUCAGAUAGCAGCAUGCCUGACGAGGAGAAGAUGAAGGAAGAAAAAUAUGAUUAUAUAGGUCGAGGAGAAAAUCCCAAAAGUAAAAAUAAACACUUUAUUAGUAAAAGAAGAAAACCCGAAGAGGACGAAAAGAAACUAAGUAUGAAAAGAUUGAGGACAGACAAUAUCUCUGACUACUCUGAGAGCAGUGACUCAGAAAAUUCAAAUAAAAGAUUAACAGAUUCUUCAUCAGAGCAAAAUUCAGAGAAUGAGUUGAAAAGCAAGAACACUUCAAACAUAAAUGGAGAAGGAGGAAACUCCCAGAGUAGUGAGAGGGUAGAGGAACAGACACUAAUAGAUAGGCAGUCUCCAUGGGAUGAAAUACAAGCAGAUAAAAAUCAUCAAGAUGCAGAAAGACCGAAGUCAGCUGGAUUAGACCUACAAGAAAAAAAUUCACUCCAUCCAGCAGAGCAGCUGAAAUUUCAUGGUCAGAGUGCCAGUGAUGCACAUGUUCAAGAGUGCAGUGUAGAAAAUCGGCAUACUAUGGAAUUGUUAACAAAUGAGCAGUUUGUACCCAGGCCUCCUACACCAAAGUGUGGUGUUGAUGCAACUAAUGAAAACAAUUCUGAUGAGGAGAGCCAGGAAAAUGCUGCAAGUACCUUUGGUUUGCAAACACUUCAGAAAAUAGUGUCUUGUGGCAGCAAUUUAAAACAUCAAUUUACAAAUGUAAAUUUUCUAGAAGUAAGAAAACAAGAAACUGAUCAGAGUUGGAUUAGCAAUGUUGUCAGUAAAAUGGAUUUGAUACAGUCUGGGAUUAUGAAAACGACAGUAAAUGAACAUUUAAAUCCUGAAAAAGAAAAAGUUCAGCAUGGCUCAUUUGUGUCUUCAUUAAAUGUAGUUUCAUUAGCUGAAGAGGGUAAACUACAUAAACGAAGUCCAGCCCCUGAUGCUAUGAAGUCAAAAUGUAGUACUUCAGUUGAUCAUCCUAAAACAAAGUCAAAUUCUUCACCUGAUGUUAAGCCUAAACUCACCCAAUCUCCUGAUACUGUGAAGUCAAAGGUUAGUUAUCAGACCAGCCAUGUUACUGGAGUAUCAAGGUCAGCAAAUAAAACUGAGCAUGAUAUGCCUAGGUCUAGUUUUCAUCCAGUUCCAGCUAGAGUUAGUGCUUUAGAAGCUACUAAAAGUCCUCUUAUUAUUGACAAGAAUGAACAUUUCACAGUAUACAGGGAUCCCACUCUUAUUGGUCAAGAAACAGGAACUAAUCACAUUUCACCUUACUUACAUCAGCAUAAUUAUCCUCUUCAUUCCUCAUCCCACAGAACCUGUUUAAAUCCGAACACCCAUCAUCCUGCAUUAAGUGGUGCACCCCAUCUAUUAACUGGGUCUUCAAAUCAGACUCCAUUAUCUGCUAUUAACACUCAUCCUCUUAGUACUGCAUCUCACCAUUCUGUUCAUCACCCUCAUCUACUUCCUGCAGUGUUACCUGGAGUGCCUACAGCUUCCUUAUUAGGUGGCCAUCCACGACUAGAAACUGCUCAUGCCAGCAGCUUAAGCCAUUUGGCAUUAGCACACCAGCAGCAGCAGAUGUUACAGCACCAGUCUCCACAUCUUCUUGGACAAGCUCAUCCUUCUGCUUCAUAUAAUCAGAUAGGACUUUAUCCAAUUAUUUGGCAGUAUCCAAAUGGAACACAUGCUUACUCAGGACUUGGUCUACCCUCCUCUAAAUGGGUCCAUCCAGAAACUCCUGUUAAUGCUGAGGCUUCUUUAAGAAGGAAUACUCCCAGCCCUUGGUUACACCAACCCACCCCUGUGACCUCAGCUGACAGUCUUGGGUUACUGAGUCACAUUCCUCUAAGACCAUCCAGUGCAGAUUCGCAUCGGCCACUCAAAUUGACAACACAUUCUAGUCCACCGUUGUCCAAAAAUAUAGUAGAUCAUCACAAAGAAGAAUUGGAGAGGAAAGCAUUUAUUGAACCUUUACGUUCUGUUACAACUGCACCAGUGAAGACUGAUCUGGAACACAGCAGAACACAGACUGCAAAAGAGAGUCAUUUGCACAGACAUUUUGUGGACCCAAUGUUGAGUCAAUUGCAGAAGCCACCUCAAGAGACAGGAGAGCGACUAAGCAAAUAUAAAGAAGAACAUAGACGGAUACUUCAAGAGAGUAUUGAAGUUGCUCCUUUUACUGCUAAAAUCAAGGCUCUUGAGGGUGAGAGAGAGAAUUAUUCUAGAGUAACACCAUUAUCAUCUUCUAGCCCCAAAAGCUAUGCAGUAAAACAUGACAAAGAACCAGAGCGUUCUGUGUCAGAACUUUAUAAAAUCAAGCAUUCAGCACCACAGAGUUUGCCGCAAAGUAACUAUUUCACCACCUUGUCAAACAGUGUAGUGAAUGAACCACCAAGGUCCUACCCAUCUAAGGAAGUUUCAAGUUUGUAUGUCGAUAAACAGAAUAGUUGUCCUUCAACAGCAGCUAAUCCCCAGUCUCUCACUUCUUUUAUUUCAUCUCUUUCAAAACCUCCACCUUUGAUUAAGCAUCAACCAGAGGAUGAAGGUUCAGUAAGCAAGAUAACAGAGCAACCUUCCCAUCAAAUGACAUCUCACUCUGUAAAUUCUUUUAGAAAUGACUGCAGAAGCCCUACUCAGUUGUCAGUUUCAUCUUCAAAUACGCUCCGAAGUAUGCCUGCCUUACACAGAGCACCAGUGUUUCACCCUCCAGUUCAUCAAAACCUGGAGAGAAAGGAAAGCAGCUAUAGCAGCCUUUCACCUCCAACCCUAACACCAGUGCAGCCAGUUAACGCUGGUGGCAAAACCCAAGAAUUACAAAAACCACCAACUUUAGUACCUGAACCUAAGGAAGCGCAAACAAUGUACAAGAGCACUUCUGAGCAGAAUUUAUCAGAUAUUUGGAAAUCUAAUAAUGCCCCAAACAAUGAAAAAGUUGAAUGGCAUGUUGAGCGAACCAGUGGAAAAUCGCAGUCUGCCACAGCAUCUGUCAUUGUACGUCCACCUUCUAGUAUAAAAUAUGAUAGUAUGCCAGUAAUGCAGUCAGCUUCCAAAGAUCGAAUUAAUGAAAGAUCUUCAACUGGGACAAAUCAACCAGAUUGCCUAAAACCAGUGGAAUCCAGAGACACUGGAAGAAUAAUUCUGCCAAAUAUGAACUCAGACACUACACACACACAUUAUGAAAAGAACUUUCCGGCUGUGUCAGAAGGCAGCAUUCCCAGUUCUGUCACACCUACCACAACUAUAAUGUGCAGUACCAAAACAGAUGUAACCACAUCUGCAGCCACAACUACCAGUGUUUCAAGCUGGGGUAGUUCAGAAGUGACUUACUCUUUAUCAAACACAGUUUUGGCCUGCACACCACUGGAAUGUACCUCCUCUGGAAAAGUAAGUCAGGUAGUGGCACAGACACAAGAAAGCAAGGUCAGUACCACAGCUCCAGUUACACCAGCCAGUGGCAAGACAGGAAGUGCCAUUCAGCCCAACUCUGGAUUUUCUGGCCCAACUGAUUUUAUCCAUUUGAAAAAGCACAAGGCAGCAUUGGCUGCAGCUCAGUUUAAAAGUAGUAGUGCCAGUGAAACUGAGUCCAAUGCUGUGAAAAAUCAGACAUUUCCAGCCUCCAUUUCCCUAGACAGUACUAUCGUCUGCAAUACAAUAAACAAAGCCAACUGUGUAGGCAAUGGGCAAACUUCCCAGACAAGUCAGCCGAACUACCACACAAAACUGAAAAAGGCUUGGCUUACUAGACAUUCAGAAGAAGAUAAAAACACUAAUAAAAAAGAGAAUUCAGGGAACAAUGUAUCAGAAAUUAUUAAGCCAUGUACUGUCAAUUUAAUAGCUUCUACAUCUAAUGAUUUACAAAAUAACAUAGAAAGUACAAUCCUAGCAGAUAAAUUUGUGAAAGAAGAUAAACAUACAAGAAGAAAAGCAAAAAGGACUUACGAAUCUGGCUCUGAAUGUGGAGACUCUGAUGAAAGUGAGAGCAAGUCAGAGCAAAGGACUAAACGGCAGCCUAAGCCAACUUACAAAAAGAAACAAAAUGAUUUGCAAAAGAAAAAGGGUGAUACAGAGGAAGAAGUAAAACCCAAUGGUGUUCUUAGCAGGAGUGCCAAAGAAAGAAGCAAGAUGAAGUUACAGAGUAGCAGUAACAGCACUGGCAUACCUCGUUCAGUAUUAAAAGACUGGCGCAAAGUAAAGAAGCUGAAGCAAACCGGAGAAUCCUUUUUGCAGGAUGACUCUUGCUCUGAAAUAGGGCCCAAUUUGCAGAAAUGCAGAGAAUGUAGACUCAUUAGAAGUAAGAAAGGUGAAGAACCAACUCACUCUCCAGUAUUUUGUAGAUUUUAUUACUUUCGUCGGUUGUCUUUUAGUAAAAAUGGAGUGGUUAGGAUAGAUGGUUUCUCUUCUCCUGACCAAUAUGAUGAUGAAGCAAUGAGUUUGUGGACACAUGACAAUUAUGAAGAUGAUGAAGUAGACCUAGAAACUUCUAAAUACAUUUUAGACAUCAUAGGUGAUAAAUUUUGUCAGCUAGUAACAUCUGAGAAAACAGCCAUGUCCUGGGUGAAGAAAGAUGCCAAAAUUGCCUGGAAGAGAGCAGUGAGAGGAGUCCGUGAGAUGUGUGAUGCAUGUGAAGCCACAUUGUUUAACAUUCAUUGGGUCUGCCAAAAAUGUGGGUUUGUGGUCUGCCUAGAUUGUUAUAAGGCAAAGGAAAGGAAGAGUUCUAGAGAUAAAGAAUUAUACGCUUGGAUGAAAUGUGUGAAAGGACAGCCUCAUGAUCACAAGCAUUUGAUGCCAACUCAGAUUAUUCCAGGCUCUGUUCUGACAGAUCUUCUAGAUGCAAUGCACAGUCUUAGAGAGAAAUUUGAGAUUAAAUCCUACUGUCAGUGUACCAGCAAACAGAACAUGCAAACUGGGAAGUUCCCUGCAAUGAAUGGUGUCUCUCAGGUUUUACAGAAUGUCCUUAAUCACAGUAAUAAAAUUUCUCUGUGCAUGCCUGAGUCUCAGCAGCCGAAUACUCCUCAAAAGUCUGAGACAAAUGGCAAUUCAAGUCCAGGGAGUGAUGUAAGCGCAGACAGCAAGUUAACUCCACCAGAAUCCCAGUCACCACUGCAUUGGUUAGCUGAUCUAGCAGAGCAAAAAGCCAGAGAGGAAAAGAAAGAAAAUAAAGAAUGUCCUCCUGGAAAACAUACUAAAGAAGAGAGAGACCAAGACAGUUCAGAGUCUCUAAAUUGUAAAACAUCUCCUCCUGUGUCCCAGAACAACGAACAGGGCUCAACCUUACGAGACCUCCUGACUACAACGGCUGGCAAACUGCGUCUGGGCUCUACAGAUGCUGGCAUUGCUUUUGCUCCAGUUUACUCUACAGGAACAACAGGUGGCAAAGGUGGAAGGACUAUGCCAAACAUUCUUGAUGACAUAAUUGCUUCAGUUGUAGAAAACAAGAUUCCACCAAAUAGACCACCCAAGAUAAACGUAAAAUCUGAACUGAAGGAUGGACCAAAGGAUGGUCAAAAGUCCAUUCUGGAUGAUUGCAGUAAAUUCUACAGCGAUAUUCCACAUUCAUGGAUCUGUGAUAAGCACAUUUUGUGGCUCAAAGAUCAUAAAAACAGCAGCAACUGGAAACUCUUUAAAGAGUGCUGGAAACAAGGAAAGCCUGUACUAGUGUCUGGAGUGCACAAGAAAAUGAACAUCAACUUGUGGAAGGCAGAGUCAAUUAGCCUAGAUUUUGGAGACCACAAAGCCGAUCUCCUGAACUGCAAAGACAGCAUUAUUUCAAACACUAAUGUCAAGGAAUUCUGGGAUGGUUUUGAAGAAGUUGCAAAACGGCAAAAAAUAAAAUGUGGGGAAACAGUUGUACUAAAACUGAAAGACUGGCCCUCUGGUGAAGACUUCAAGGCUAUGAUGCCUGCAAGGUAUGAAGACUUAUUAAAAAGUUUACCAUUGCCAGAAUAUUGUAACCCAGAAGGAAAAUUGAACUUGGCUUCCCAUUUACCAGGGUUUUUUGUACGUCCAGAUUUGGGACCCAGAUUAUGCAGUGCGUACGGUGUGGCUGCUGCUAAAGAUCAAGAUAUAGGAACUACAAAUCUCCAUAUUGAAGUUUCUGAUGUAGUGAACAUCCUUGCCUAUGUGGGCAUAGCAAAAGGAAAUGGAGUACUGUCAAAAGCAGGAGUACUAAAGAAGUUUGAAGAAGAAGAUAUGGAUGACCUUUUAAGGAAAAGAUUGAAAGACUCAAGUGAAUUACCUGGGGCUUUGUGGCACAUUUAUGCUGGCAAAGAUGCUGACAAGAUAAGGGAAUUUCUUCAAAAGAUUGCGAAAGAACAGGGUCUAGAAGUUUUACCAGAGCAUGAUCCAAUACGUGACCAGAGUUGGUAUGUGAACAAAAAACUUCGCCAAAGACUUCUUGAAGAAUAUGGAGUGAAAACCUGCACUAUUAUUCAGUUCCUUGGUGAUGCUGUUAUUUUACCAGCAGGAGCGCUUCAUCAGGUGCAAAAUUUUCACAGCUGCAUUCAAGUAACUGAAGACUUUGUGUCUCCAGAACAUCUUGUACAGUCAUUUCACUUAACACAGGAACUGAGGCUGUCAAAAGAAGAAAUCAAUUAUGAUGAUAAAAUGCAGGUUAAAAAUAUCUUAUAUCAUGCAGUUAAGGAAAUGGUGAGAGCUCUGAAGAUUAAUGAAAAUGAAAUGGAAGAUGUGGAAGAAAACUAAAGCGCUCGCUGCUUUUUUAUGUUAAAACAUCAGAUGGAGGUUAUUUUUUCAAUUACAUGAUGAACAGUAUGCACACUAAUUUAAGCUUCACAAACCAUCAGUGCCAAGAAAACAUAGUCAUCGUAUUUACUUGUUACUGACACUGCAACAGUAUAGCUUCAUAGAUCACAGCUACUGUGAUUAAAUGUUACUUACUAAAAAAAAUUUAGCAGCAUUCUGCUAUCUUGUAUUAUAAUGUAUAUGAAGUUUGUGAAAUGUCAAAGAUUUAAGAUGUAUUUAUUUUUUGAAAAAACCCCACAAAAUUCUAUGCUAUAUUGUUGAUCAAAUGUAAAUGUGACUUGUACAGUUUGCUAAAAUAACUCUGGUAUUUUUCACUACAUUGAGACAGUUACUGUGAGAGUAGGACACAAACACCAGCUAUUGCCUGCAUUUGGGACAUUGCUGAAUCCGCACAGCAGUCAUGUCAUUAUCUGAAAAUUACUGCCAAAUAAUUGUAAACUUUGUAAAAUAUAAAGUAUAUAAAGUAGAUAUUAAAUACAGACACUUCAGUAUUUUAUUGAAGCUAUUCAGUGUACAAUUAAACAUUUUCAAAAGGUGUAAUUUAUUUAAAAUGUCUCAUUUUGGUAAAAUUUAUGUGAACUUUUAAAGCUAAAUAUUAAACUUAAUAUGCUGUGUAAAUAUAUACAUAUAUACAUUCAAUGAUGUAUUUUUUUAAAACAUUGGCUUGCUUUAAUUUGUUAAAAGUGCAAGUGUUACACACGCUUUGUACAUUGAAGUUGAAAGGGGUUUUGCAUUUUCCAUUAAAAUGACUUUAUCAAAUGUUGUCUCAUUGUGUUUGUUUUUCAUGUUUGUGGCACAUUUGUGACAGACACACUUGUCUGAGUCAUUCAUGCCUUCACGGUGAUUGCAGAUGUCUCUGUUGUAAAGCUGCCUACUGUAAAAGAUUGGAAUGUUGUAUGUUAAUUAGUGUGCACCAUUCACCCUCUGCCAGUUUUAAUAUGAAACUGCUAAUGGACAUGCUGGAGCACAGUUCAAGUGGCUGAGCCAAAGAAAGCUAUCUCAGAAUAAAAAUAAUUUAAACAUU